AUGGCUGCUCCAUCAACAAAUGGGGCGUAUACCGCGACCCUCAGUCCGACCUCGACCGAGGGCUUCGCUACCCAGUCGCUCCGGUCUUCUAUAUCCUCCCUUGGCUCCCCAGCUGCCGCCCGUCACGCCGCCUCGUAUGUCUCAAAAACCUACCGGCAAUCAUCUACUUUAUUCCUCACGCGAAGGCUGCCCGAGGCCCUCUCCACAAUUACGCCUCUAAUCACGAUCACACCACCCUCGCCGACCCAGUCGGCAACUGCCAACGGCACCACUGAACCUGCGCCCGUCGCCAAAGCCUCACGGAACACGAGGAUCAAGGUCUGGACCCUGUACAUCGCCAUUCUCAACGCCAUAGUGGCUCUCGACCCGGACGAGGGGAAGGAGGCCCUCGGCACGCAGGAGUGGAGGUCGCUCUGCGCCAAGGUGCGGGAUGGGGACGUCUGGGAGGAGGUGGUCCAGAACGGCUACCAUGGUGUCGAGGCGGACGUCGACUCUGACGUCGUCAUCAACCUGGCCACUCUCCUCCUCACACAUGCAAGGACGCAGGAGUUGAACCAAAAGCGCCUGGAGAGCUAUCUCGCCGCCUCAGCGACUCCCAACCUGGAUUUAUCAAGCCGCUUCGCACCGCCGACACACCCAAUGCCAGGCGGCGCCCCGCCGCGGCAGAGGUCCGGCUCGCGGGCGCGCAGCGGCGCCGACACGCCGCGGGACCUAAACGCGCGGGUCAAGAUCCUGGAGCUGUACACGCUGCACGUGCUGAUCCGCAACAACGAGUGGGAGUACGCGCGCGAGUUCAUCAGCGUCUCCUCGGUGCUGGACGAGGAGCGGCGCGAGGCGUUCCUGCAGGCGCUGCAGAGCCUGCAGGACGACCAGCGAGAGGCCGAGCAGCGCGAGCGCGACGAGAAGGCCCGCCAGGAGGAGCAGCUGCGCCGCGACGUCGAGGAGGCCCGCCGGCUGCGCGCCGAGAACGAGGACCGCGAGAAGAGGCGCCUCGAGGAGGAGAGGGCCCGCCGCGAGGGCAGCGAGGUCGACUAUGGCAUCGAUUCCCGGAGCACGGGCGGCUCGUCGGCGGGGAGGGCGCGGCGGGCUAGGGCGCAGACGGGGAGCUCUUCACGACCGUCGAGGCCAUCGAGGCCGGUGGCGGCCGGUGGUACGUCGCCUAAUAAGAGCAAGGCGGUGGCGCCAGCAUCGUUUGGCGCGAAGGCGGCGGUCAUGUUUGCCAAUGUGCGCGCCAUGAUCGAGCGUAUGAGCGUGCAGCUCCAUACGAACCCGAUGCUGCUGAUGAGGCUUCUGGCCUUCAUCAUAGGCUUGGUUGUCAUGUUUGGGAAGAAGAAUAUGCGAGAACGCAUAGCUCGGAUAUUAGGGACAAGUUGGAAUAAGGUCAAAGCCACGGCUGGCAUGGGUGUGAAGGUCAGCUACAUAUAA